AUGGCAACUGCCUGGGUAGUAUCGAGGCGUGCUGUCCCCUUUAGAAGCAUCUCACGAUCUGACAUUUUCUCCAGGUCCAUAUCUACCCACCCAGAGAAGACUCAGAUCAAUCACCCCCUUUGUAUUUCCCCGGUUGAUGCGGAGCCACUUCAUCGCUACCGCCAGGGCGGCUACCGCCCAGUCACUCUGGGAGAAUGCCUGAAAUCCGGACGAUACAAAGUGCUGCAUAAACUAGGAUGGGGAGGUUACUCGACAGUGUGGGUGGCCAGAGAUCUAAGGUUGUAUAAUAUUAUGCCCCUUACACUAACCGACAAGUUACCUGUCUGCAGGGAUGAUGUUUAUGUUGCUGUCAAAAUAUAUGUUGCUGAAAUGUACAAUAUUGGACAGGAGCUGGACAUUCUGAAGAAGUUGGCAUUUCGUCAACCUCUAAAACAUACAGUGCACCUACUUGAUGACUUCGAUCUGAAGGGUCCAAAUGGAUCUCACAAUUGCCUGGUAUAUGAGCUUUUGGGGCCUAACAUUCCGGACACAAUUGAUGCAUACUUUCCCGGCGGAAGACUCCCUGGGAAGCUCGCCAAAAUAAUUGCCAAGCAAAGCCUUAUCGGACUUAAUGACUUGCAUCAAAUGAACAUUGCACAUGGAGGUAAGCUACUCCACUCUCCUAGUAACGAAUAUUUCGAAUCAUUCUCAUAUAAUAUAGAUCUACAUACCCGCAAUUUGGCCUUCACCAUACCUUACGACAAUGAAACUGAACAGCAGUUUACUGAAAUGCUAAGAAAGCCAGAAAUUGGCCAUGUCCGAAGGAGCGACGGGAAAGACCUAGAGCCGGGUAUUCCUAGGUAUAUUGUUAGGCCUACCUCAUAUUGGAUGCAUUCUUGGAAUUCGGCCCAGUCCAUCAAAAUAGUCGACUUCGGAGGAUCAUUUUUAGGCACAACGGUUCCUCAAACACUACACACCCCUCUACCUGUUCGGGCACCUGAAGUUAUAUUUCAAGACCACAUUGACUAUCGCGUUGACUUGUGGAGCAUGGGAUGUAUGGUAUGGCAGCUCUUUGAACUUUUCGUGGGCCAACCGCCUUUUGACACCUUCUUGAUAACUCCCCCAAUCCUCGUUAACCAGAUGCGAGAGAUGGCAAGCGAUGAUCUACCUGAAAGAUGGCACAAGAUUUGGGAGACGAUGAAGGCAGAUGACAGUAAACCCACAGAAGGCCCCGUGCCCAAUCUACAAGGAUGGCUGGAAGAACUGUACUUCGAUAGCCCGCACAGUCCUGAUCUCACCAAGGAGGAUAUAGCGAGGCUGGGGCAGAUCAUUGGAAGCUUAUUGCUGUUUGAACCGUCAGCAAGA